AUGGCUGGACAGUUAUCAAUAACUAUUGUUGAAGCUAAAGCACUUGAUGAUGAUGAUGUUUUUGGUGGUUCAAAUGAUGCUUAUGUUGAAGUUUAUAUUGAUGAUGAUUAUAAACAACGAACAGCAACUAUUUCAAAUUCAAACAAUCCACAAUGGAAUGAAACAUUUCAAUUUCGUGUGGAACCUAAUCAAAAUCAUAUACAUAUAAAAAUAUAUGAUGAUGAUGGUGCUGCCGGUCGUGAUGCAGUUGGUUCAGCUAAAAUUGAUUUAAAACCUGUAAAAGCUACAGGUCAUUUUGAAAAUUGGGUUAAAUUACCAAAAUUAUUUGGUCUUGGUUCACAUGGUCAAGUUUAUGUUUGCAUGAGUUUUCAAGGUUAA